GGCUAAGCUAGGGGAAUAUUCUCAAUCCCUGUAUGUAUUCUGUCAAGCUUCUCUCAGCCAACAUCAUUAUCCCCUUGGAUUUGACCGCUAUUCCAUCAAUUUUCGACCAACCCACAGCAACAUGCCCCCUCAACGCUUUCCAAAGACCUCAAAGUUUUGGGAGGUUCACAAGCUUGAGCAAGGCCUGAUGGGCCUCGGAGAGUUGAGCACGACCCUCUCAACGAGCAGGCUGAAGAGCAUGGGUAUCGAGAGGGCUCCUCAACUCGACAUCGACAACCCAGACAUGGUGGACGCCCAUCCCGUCUUUUUUCAGCCGUUUCCCGACACCCCCGAAUUCAGGGAGUCACUUGCAGCGUCGAGACGCGAGCGUCAUGAAAACGACUACGAUUGGUCCCCCUGUACCCAUGAACUUUCGCAUAUUGGUCGGUUGGACUGCGCCGGUCAUGUCAUUAAUUGGCUUACGGGGUUGGCCUACGGAGCGGUCCACGUACACAACCUCUAUCCCACUGAUGUACCGCAGUGGAAGUCGGCUUCUCCCGGAAACGGCGUCCGUCUUCCAGAGUACUCGGCCAAAUCGGUGUACCUCCAGAAGCAUCACGAGGCGCCGCCUCAACGGCUGCCCGAAUGGUUCACAACUUCGGCAUUCUAUUUUUCCAACGACACGGCCAAGUCGGAAGGAAUGCGCCAUGUUGGGUUGGUCUUAGCAGACACCACCUCCCACAGAAGCAAGCCGGACGAGGCACUCCGUAGCGAGAUUACUGCCGGUGUCAGUUUCAUAAAGAGGCGAAUGUGGGCGUCUCGUGAUGCACACAACAUAAUUCCGGUUCUGGUGUAUUCCUUCUAUCACAACCAAACAGUUCGCAUCACCCAAGUCUGCUGGCAUGGCGGUCACAGCCCCAUUACCUUCCGCCAAUCACGCCUGGUGGACAUUUCUUCGGAGUCGCUCGACACACCGGACGCUACCAUGCUGGUCCGCUGGAUGCUUUGCAUCCCACUCCGCGAGCCCAAGGUACGCCGCAGACGGGCAGCGGCCGGAGCGGGUGGUGCAGCCCCCCAGCCCCAGCCGGCCGACGACGCUCGUUCAGAGGGGGACGCCCCAACCAAGCACCAAGACGAACCACCACACCACCCCCACAGCCACCCAUCUUGCCAGGGGGACCUACAACCCAGCGAGGCCAACAACGCCGACCCCGACGACGAGAACGCAGAACGCGACGGGCGCCGCCCACGGUAACAAGACAGACGCCCCCCUCGCUCAGCGACACCCCCACAACCGCCCCAUCCCACCACCACUGCACCCAGCGGCGCCACCACCAGCGAAACCACCGGCAACGCCCGCCCCGGGGCCGGCGCAAAGCACGCCGACGAGGCAGACCACCGCGACGGGGAACGCGUCCGG